UUGACCUUACGUGAAACGGUCGCGUCCAGUGCGUGCUUGUGAUAUUAUAUUUUGUAAUUACUAAACAAGCUUUUGUCGUAUAUAGAUAUAUCUAAAUGAUAUACCUAAUCAAUUGCCUUCGGGACCACAAUAGUGGUAUUUACAUUUCAUUCCAUUAAUAAAAUUAGAUCCAAUGUAUCUAUACAAUGUACCAAUUUAGCUCUUUUUUUAUAAAUAAUAUCUAAUAAUAAUAUAAAUAGGUAUUUUAAAUAGUGAUUUGUUGUAUUAAGUAUCUACAAUGGCGGAAGAUUACAGUGAUAUGUCACCGAAAGGCUACGAUUUGAAUACUCACAACAAUGAUGAGAAGAAACUGCGGCUGCAGGAGAUGGAACCACCGAAAAAGAAGAAGAAGCCGCGGCCGUUCCGUGAUAACCUCCAUGAGUUCAUGUCUAAUACAACUCUACACGGUUUCCGAUACAUCGCCGAUAAAAACUUUUCCCAUGUUGAAAGAGUGUGGUGGUUUUUCAUGGUGGUGUGCAGUAUAGCUGUGUGUGCUAUAUUUAUUCGUAAAGUGUGGAUCAAGUGGGAUGAAUCCCCUGUCAUUGUUAGUUUUGCAGACACAUCGAACUCUGUAUGGCACAUCCCAUUCCCGGCAGUUACUUUGUGUACAGAGACAAAACCAAGGCAGACCGUUUUUAAUUUCACAAAAAUAAAUUUCGAUCUAAGGAACAAUCCAUCUCAAGUUUCACCGGAGGACUUGAAGACGUUUCAAGACAUGCUGCUCCUGUGCAACUAUGCGUCCGACCCCAACGGUGGACCCGAAAUCGUUGAGGAUAUCAAGAGCUCUAUUGCAACAUUACAACGCCUGGCGCCAACGCGCGAUGAUGUCUUCUUGGACUGCCUCUGGGACAACUUGAAUUGCGAGCAAAUGUUUUUCCACACGCUCACAAAAGAUGGCUACUGUUUCACCUUCAAUAUGCUGUCUGCUGAAGAGAUGUUCAGAACCGAGAAUCUUCACAAGGACUACUACCAUGUAGCGGGUCACAAUAAAAGCGCCUGGACCCUAGAGCGAGGUUAUCCACCAGGAGAGACGAUUAAAACCUACCCACGGCGUGGACCAAGUUAUGGCGGUGUUGAAUUUGAAGUCAUCUUGCUAACCGACAUUCGAGAUUUGGAUCAAGUGUGCCGCGGUCCAGUCCAAGGCUUCAAAAUAUGGCUCCACAACCCAGCGGAGUUGCCUAAUAUGGGACAGAACUUCUUCCGAUUGCCUAUCAAGCACCAGUCAGCUGCUGCAGUCACGCCCCGCGUCACAGCCACCUCAGACGGUUUGAAGCAUUAUCCACCUCACAAACGUAACUGCUUCUUUCCUGAGGAACGGUAUUUGAGCUUCUUCCGUAUCUACACGCAGCGGAACUGCGAGCUCGAAUGUUCGUCCAAUCAUACGGCCUACCGUUGUGGUUGUGUUCCACUCUACAUGCCUCACGGUCCCGAUACAAAAGUAUGCGGUCCGGGUAAGAGGCAAUGUGUCACAAAUGCUUUUGAGGAACUGUCGCUCUCCAAAUCGGCACUAGACGAGGACUCAAAACACUUGACGAAGAAGUGCGACUGUUUGGAAGCCUGCACAGAGUUGAAAUAUGACGCGGAGGUGUCUCAAGCGGUAUACGACCUAACUACGUACAGACGACACUCGAACCCUGACAUCGCCCAUGGAUGGCGUCUGCCAUCCGGCUUGGUGGUGUACUUCGCCGAAGAGCUGUUCACGUCACUGCGACGCUCGGAACUAUACGGCGGGGUCGACUUCCUGGCCAACUGCGGGGGCAUCAUGGGCCUCUUCAUGGGGUUCUCCUUCCUUAGCGUUAUUGAGAUCAUUUACUACUUUACUUUAAGAUUAUUUUGUCGGAUACGUCAGUCUUCGACAGUGGUAGCAGAAUAAUCACUCCUAUCUUUUUAUCGAACUCAGAAGUUAGUUUAUUAUAAUGUAAUGAUUAUUAAUUUAAUACUCUAAAUAAUCUCUCAUUUUAUAUUAUAAGUAUUUUAUAAAUAACUAUUAGCUUUUUGCUCACUACUUUGAAAUGUGUAUUUCAGAAGUAGUAAGAUAUAGUGGUACCUUAUAAUGCUCUUAUAAAUGAAAAUUUAAUCAGGCGAAACUCACAGUUUGAACAAUGUUAAUACGAUAUGUAUUGUAUACCUACAUACUAUAGGUAGAGUACAUUGUAUCUAAAGUGCCAUUAAAUCUGAUUUAUUAUUCACUAGUUUAAGCAGGUAUAUUAUUUGUUAAUAUUACUAUUUGUAUAU